AUGGCAACGGCUUCCAUUACCUCGCACGUAAAUUCUCGGGUGGUCUACGAUUUUCGAUCUUCCUCACCCGGCUCCUCUACACCAGCAGCUUCACCUUCCCCAUUAAGCACCUCCUCACCCGGCUCCUCUACACCAGCAGCUUCACCUCCCCCAUCAAGCACUUCCUCACCAAACUCCUCUACACCAGCAGCUUCACCUCCCCCAUCAAGCACCUCCUCACCAGACUCCUCUACACCAGCAGCUUCACCUCCCCCGUCAAGCACUUCCUCACCAGACUCCUCUACGUUAGCCCCUACAACACCCUCUCCUAACACCCAACCCACAAACUUGACGGAGCCUUCUGGGCCCCACCCGCCCACAACCACCGCCCAGCCACCAUCAACUUCACCAAGUCCUUCAACAUCUGAGACGCAAGAAACAACCGCCUCGUCUACAACAACUUCAGAGCACUCGUCACCUUCCCAGGAAACAACAACGAUUCUUCCGACUACGCCAUUAUCACCUGAAGCAUCCCCAGACUCUAUACAGAAGCGCGAGUCGUCUUUUCGUACGUCCCUCCCACAAGCUUAUUCUUCUCACCCAAGGAUCUCCUCUCCUCAGUUUCUCAUUUACGGCCCCGCACUCCCCGCCUGCGCCGGCAACACCAGCAAGUCCUGGUGCCUCGAAGACUCCCAGUACCCCACCUACCAGAUAAAACACGCUGUUGAGAACAACUAUGAAAAAGUACUCUCACUCUAUGCUGAAGUAGAAGACCUGAAUACAGAACUCUCCGUUGAUCGUCCUAAGACCCUGAAGGAGGAGACUUACCUCUGCCCAUCAGAAACCGCCUACGUCAGACCUCUGCGUGCCGAGAACACUGAGGGCAAGUGGCGGGUCAUCGUCAACAACAUUAAGGCACAUUACGUGACUCUCACACAAAGUACCCGUAUAGAAGAGUGCCUGAAAUCUGGCCAGGCCUGUCCCCUGGUGCCUGAGUGUUACGAGUCCAAGUGCCUUCAGAAGUCCAUCUACCACCGCUUCCUCGUCUACGACCCCUAUGAUCAGUACUUCCCCUUCGCCAUCGAGACCUUCAAGCUGCCCGCCAGCUGCGCCUGUCUCCUGGACGCAUCUACCAUCGACCACUAAGGACAUUCAAAUACUUCUCCACAUGUUAGAAAUAAUGUACGUUAGGCCAAAAAUAAUUUAAAGUCUUUCAACAAGUUUAGCCACUCACGCUAAGCAAGAGGUUCCCUGUGGC